AUGGCGCCGCCACACGUCCUCAUGCGGCUCCUCCUACUCUCCGCGGCGGCGUCGGCCGCGGCGGCGGCGGGGGACGGCUGCUCCGCCGGCUGCGACCUCGCGCUCGGCUCCUACCUCAUCUCCCGGAACCAGAACCUCACCUACAUCGCCAGCCUCUUCGACAUCCCGGACUACAAGACGCUCGGCCCCUACAACACCAAGUACAACAACCUGGACUACAUCCCGGCCGGCGACAGCCUUAACGUCUCCUUCACCUGCGGCUGCAACACGUUCCCCAACUCGGCCGCCACCUACCUGGCCGGCUCCCUCCCCUACAACGUCUCCACCGGCGACACCUACACCACCAUCGCCGGCCAUUUCAACAACCUCACCACAUCCGACUGGCUCGCCCGAACCAACACGUACCCCGAGAACAACAUUCCCGACACCGGCACCGUGAACGUCACCGUCAACUGCUCCUGCGGGGACCCCAACAUCUCGCCGUACUACGGGCUGUUCCUCACCUACCCGCUCACCGGCCAGACCCUCGCCGCAGUCGCCGCCAACUACAGUUUCAACUCGUCGUCGCAGCUGGAGCUGCUCCGCAAGUAUAACCCCGGCAUGGACACCGCUACAAGCGGGCUCGUUUUCAUCCCCGUAAAAGAUCCCAAUGGAAGUUACCGUCCUUUAAAAUCAUCAGGGCGAAGAAAGGCAAACAGGGCUGCCCUACUUCCAUCUUCUGAAGACUCUACCCAACUUGCUACUACAUCCAUGGAUAAAUCUGCACUCUCAACCAGUCAAGCUGAUAGUGCCUCUGGAGUUCCAGGGAUUACUGUUGACAAAUCAGUAGAGUUUUCACAUGAAGAACUUUUCAAUGCCACAGAGGGAUUUAGCUUGAGUAACAAAAUCGGGCAAGGUGGUUUUGGCACUGUCUAUUAUGCUGAGCUCAGGGGCGAGAAAGCUGCCAUAAAGAAAAUGGAUAUGCAGGCUUCUCAUGAGUUCCUUGCUGAGUUAAAGGUUUUGACGCAUGUUCAUCAUCUGAAUCUGGUGCGCUUGAUUGGUUUUUGCACCGAAAGUUCCUUGUUUCUUGUAUAUGAGUUUAUCGAGAAUGGGAACUUAAGCCAGCAUUUGCGUGGAACUGGUUAUGGGCCUCUGUCUUGGGCUGCCAGGGUUCAGAUUGCACUAGAUUCAGCAAGAGGUCUUGAGUACAUUCAUGAACAUACUGUUCCAGUGUACAUACAUCGGGAUAUCAAAUCAGCAAAUAUCUUGAUAGACAAGAACUACCGUGCAAAGGUCGCAGAUUUUGGUUUAACAAAACUUACACAAGUUGGUAAUACAUCACUACCCACACGUGGAAUUGUGGGCACAUUUGGUUACAUGCCUCCUGAAUAUGCUCGGUAUGGUGAUGUUUCUCCAAAGGUCGAUGUUUAUGCCUUUGGCGUUGUUCUCUAUGAACUUAUUUCGGCCAAAGACGCUAUUGUCAGAUCAACGGAGUCUUCCAGUGAUUCAAAGGGAUUGGUUUAUCUGUUUGAGGAGGCUCUAAACACACCGGAUCCUAAGGAAGGCCUUCAAAGACUGAUUGAUCCGGCGUUAGGCGAGGAUUACCCCAUCGACUCAAUCCUUAAGAUGACAGUCCUGGCAAGGGCGUGCACGCAGGAAGACCCCAAGGCGAGGCCCACAAUGAGAUCCAUAGUCGUGGCGCUGAUGACGCUCUCAUCGACGAGCGAGUUCUGGGACAUGAACGCUAUCCAGGAGAACCAAGGUCUGGUGAACCUCAUGUCCGGGAGAUGA